GUCUCUUUUACCCUUGAUCUGUUGGCCUAUAAGCAGGCAAGAUGGGGCGACGACCGGCAAGAUGUUACCGGUACUGUAAGAACAAACCUUACCCCAAAUCCAGGUUUUGCCGUGGUGUCCCAGACCCCAAGAUCCGUAUCUUUGACCUGGGUCGCAAGAGGGCGCGCGUUGAUGAGUUUCCCAUGUGCGUGCACCUGGUGUCCGAUGAGUUUGAGCAGCUCUCUGCCGAGGCUCUGGAAGCUGGACGCAUCUGCGCCAACAAAUACAUGGUGAAGUACUGCGGAAAGGACGCCUUCCACAUGCGGAUACGCUUGCACCCAUUUCACGUUGUCCGAAUCAACAAAAUGUUGUCGUGUGCUGGAGCUGAUAGGCUCCAGACUGGAAUGAGAGGUGCUUUUGGCAAACCCCAAGGUCUGGUGGCCCGUGUCCGCAUCGGACAGACCAUCAUGUCCAUCCGUACCAAGGACGGCAACAAGGCCUCUGCUAUCGAGGCUUUCCGACGUGCCAAGUUCAAGUUCCCCGGAAGACAGAAGAUCUUCACCUCCGAGAACUGGGGCUUCACCAAGUUCACCCGUGAGAGGUUUGAGGAGCUCCAAAGCGAGGGCCGCCUUGUCCCAGACGGUGUGUCCGUCCAGUACAUGCCCGACCACGGACCCCUGGCCAAGUGGGAGGCUCGGCAGUGAGCCUAAGAACAAUCUAGGACCGAACUACGGAACAUAUUGGUUAAGAUGCUAACAAAAAACCACUUGCUCGUUCUUCUAGAAAUAUGAAGCAACAAAAUCAAACAGUUUUUACACUUGUCUUCUGAAAAGUGUAAGUGGUUGUGAAAUGUAUCCAAUCGCUCUUGGUUAUUAAAACAAAGUUAAAGAACAGUCACAACUGGAUUCAGAGAGUAAUAAAGAAUCGACACUCGAAUGUAAA